UUUUUUUUUUUUUUUCAUUUUUAUGAUGAGCUCCAAAAAAAAAAAGCUAAUAUUUUUUUUUUCCCUCCUUCCUUUUAUCUAUACAAAUAUAAGAUAUGCCCCAAAACGAGCAUAUUGAAGAGCAUAUCAAACGACAUGGUCGUCGUCUUGAUUACGAGGAGAGAAAACGUAAGAGAGAAGCUCGUGCAGUCCAUAAGGCCUCACAAUAUGCUCAAAAGGUACAUGGUUUUAAGGCCAAGAUGUUGAAUAAGAAACGUCAUGCCGAAAAGAUUCAAAUGAAGAAAACAAUCAAACAACAUGAGGAAAAGAAUGCUAAACAGAAAUCAGCUGAUGCCAUUCCUGAAGGCGCAGUUCCUACUUAUCUUUUGGAUCGUGAAGGUGAGGAUCGUGCCAAGAUCUUGAGUAAUAUGGUCAAGCAAAAACGUAAGGAAAAAGCUGGUAAAUGGUCAGUUCCUUUACCUACUGUGCGUGGUAUUGCCGAGGAUGAAAUGUUCAAGGUUGUUAAGACUGGUAAAAAUAAGACAAAACAAUGGAAGCGUUUAGUUACAAAAGCUACAUUCGUUGGUGAUGGUUUUACUCGUAAGCCACCAAAAUAUGAGCGUUUUGUUCGACCUAUGGCCCUUCGUUACAAGAAAGCACAUGUUACUCAUCCUGAAUUAAAAGCUACUUUUUGUUUGCCUAUUAUCGGUGUUAAGAAGAAUCCUCAAUCACCCCUUUAUACCCAACUUGGUGUCAUUACUAAAGGUACAGUGCUUGAAGUUAAUGUAUCUGAAUUGGGUUUAGUUACAACAGGUGGUAAAGUUGUUUGGGGUAAAUAUGCUCAAGUAACAAAUAAUCCAGAAAAUGAUGGAUGUAUUAAUGCUGUUUUACUUGUUUAAAUAAUUAUUUUAUUUUUGUUAUAAUUGUACAUUUUCAUUUGAUUCUUUUUUUUUAUUAUUUUCAUGACAUUAUUCCUUUGAAAUGAUUAUUAUUAAUAAAUUUAUGUAUAGAGAAACAUUCCUUUAUA